AUGCCUGCCCCACUGGUGCCAGUCCGGCGCUUCAAGUGUACGUACAAAGACUGCAACAUGUCCUUCGACACCGAGAAGCAGAUGAGGAGCCACAAGAAAUGUUCCGACGAGCACGAAUACUGUCACAAGUGUGACGAGGACUUUGAUUCUUUCAAAGAUUAUGCAAUGCAUAAGAUUACACGCCCGGCAGAACACGGUCGUGCAUGUCGUGUGUGCGGGGACGAGUUCAAGAGCACCUCCGGCCUGAAUCGCCACAUCGAGCUCAACCACAAGGUCGAUCAGAAGCUUACCUGCAUCGGAUGCCACGAAUCUUUCUACAGUGCUGCCCUGUUCAUCGAGCACCUCGAAUUCGGUCACUGUGGGGUGAUCUCAGCAUCCCAGUUUCAGGGCCACAUCGUUCACAAGCACCUGAUUAGCGAGCUCUUGAAAUGCGGCCCGGCGCUGGACCGCUUUCGACAGAAGACAUCCAAGUUUGACGCAGCAAUUGAUUACGAAGAAGAAGGUGGUGUCAUCCUUGAUGGUCCCUUGGACGACGACAAGGAGAUCGAGGCAGUCGACUUCAAAGCCAUUGAACCCGACACGACCCUCACCCCGGCCAUGGCUGACCUAUCUCUCCACCCCAAGGGAGUGCCUCGUCCAUCCAGCCCCAAGCAGAAAGUCUGGGUUAGCCGCAAGGAAAAGCCUACUGCUGCUACGCUGUUCCCCGAUGCGAAGCCCAAUCCUCCCAAAGACUUCUCUAUCUCGGCCCAUGACGCUGCCAUGGAGCAGGAGCACGGGAUCAACAUCUUGCGCUCACGCUUCUGGGACCCCAUGAGUACCGACUGGAACCCUGAGAAGUUCUACGAUGCCAUAGUGGGCAAGUACCACUGUCCAUUUGUCUGCGAACAAACCUUUGACUGCGUCGGCGACCUCAACAAGCACAUCCUCGGCGAACACCGUGUCACCCGCAUGAAAUGUCCCAAGUGUCUCAAGCACUUCAACAGCGCCACGGCACUCAUGUCGCACUGCGAGUCUCAGGGUGCUCGCUGCCAAAUUAACAAGGCAGAUGAUUUCAACAUCUUCCUCGAUCGACUGUCUGGCGGCUUUCUCAGCGUCGAAGAAAAGACUCGGCCUGAUCAUUUGAACACGAGGAAUGUGCUAGUGAGGGACGGUGUGACGGGACAUAUGGAGAUGUACAUGCCGCCUGUUGCGAGUUAUCUCGAGUAUACGGUUACGACGCCGCCGGAUUGGAAGGAGCCUGCUGGUCCAACUGUGCAGGUUGGGGGUUCCUCGCAGACUUCGCCGUGGUAG